CCCCGCAGCUGCCGCCUCCUCCAAGCGCCUGAGGUUUCCCGGGGACCACAAUGAACAAGUUGCUGUGCUGUGCGCUCGUGUUCCUGGACAUCUCCCUUAAAUGGACCACCCAGGAAGUAUUUCCUCCACAGUACCUGCAUUAUGACCCAGAAACUUCUCGCCAGCUGAUGUGUGACAAGUGUCCUCCUGGUACCUACUUAAAGCAACACUGCACAGCAAGGCGGAAGACCGUGUGUGCCCCUUGUCCUGACUACUACUACACAGACACCUGGCACAUCAGUGACGAGUGUCUGUACUGUACACCAGUGUGCAAGGAGCUGCAGUAUGUCAAGCAGGAGUGCAAUCGCACCCACAACCGCGUGUGCGAGUGUGAAGAAGGGCGCUACCUCGAGCUGGAGUUCUGCUUGAAGCACAGGAGCUGUCCCCCGGGGUUUGGAGUGCUGCACGCUGGGACCCCAGAGCAGAAUACGGUUUGCAGAAGAUGUCCAGAUGGGUUCUUCUCGAAUGAGACGUCCUCAAAAGCACCCUGUAGAAAACACACAAAUUGCAGUGCGUUCGGCCUCCUCCUGACUCAGAAAGGAAAUGCAACACAUGACAAUAUAUGUUCUGGAAAUAGUGAAUCGACUCACAGAUGUGGAAUAGAUGUCACCCUGUGUGAGGAGACCUUCUUCAGGUUUGCUGUUCCUACCAAGUUUACCCCUGACUGGCUCAGCAUCCUGGUGGACAAUUUGCCUGGCACGAAAGUAAAUGCAGAGAGUGUAGAGAGGAUAAAAAGACGACACAGCUCCCAAGAACAGACUUUCCAGCUGCUGAAGUUAUGGAAACAUCAAAACAGAGACCAGGAUAUGGUCAAGAAGAUCAUCCAAGACAUUGACUUCUGCGAAAACAGCGUGCAGCGGCACAUGGGCCACGCAAACCUCACCUUCGAGCAGCUCCGCAGGUUGAUGGAAAGCCUGCCAGGGAAGAAAGUCACAGCAGAAGACAUUGAAAAAACAACGAAGGCGUGCAAAUCCAGCGAGCAGAUCCUGAAGCUGCUCAGCCUGUGGAGGAUAAAGAACGGCGACCAGGACACUCUGAAGGGCCUAAUGCACGCACUGAAGCACCUGAAAACGUACCACUUUCCCAAAACGGUCACUCAGAGUCUGAAAAAGACCGUCAGGUUCCUUCACAGCUUCACGAUGUACAGACUGUACCAGAAGCUAUUUUUAGAAAUGAUAGGGAACCAGGUUCAAUCAGUAAAAAUAAGCUGCUUAUAACCGGAAAUGGUCAUCUGGCUGUUUCCUCACCUUGGACCAGAUCCGAUGGAUGAAUAAACUGUUUCUCAGGCACUUGAGGGGACACCAUGGGUU